CCGGGCCCAGCGGCCGGGACGCGGCGCAGCGGGCGGCACGGUUUUACAGAAGACGUGAACCAUUCUACUUCUAGAUUUUUUCCUUUUCUUUCUAUAAAUCAAAAGAUCUCAAAAUGGAGGCCUAAAACCUUUAAAAGGGACAUAGUCUAAUCUCCGGGAGGUAGUUUUGUGCAUGAAUAAACAAAUUAAGUAGGUAACUAGUUUUUUGGUAUCCAAAGAAUGUUAAUUUUAAAAAUACAGUAUAUUUUCAUGAGGUGUAACUUCUGAAUUGGAUUUUGAAUUUCCCUGUGGAUGUCAAAGAGAAGUGACCGUAGCUGAGACAAAUUGUAUAAGCAGUCUUCAAAGUUGACCAUCUCCCGCUGACCACUGUGUAGAAUAGAAAAAGUACGUGUGUUUGGUAAAAAUUUUAAAAUGAGUGACAGUUGUUUAGAACAAAGAGUUAAUAUUCAGCCCUGGGCCAAAUUAGAGAAAUAUGCAAAUAAGACCUUUGACAUGUUAAAAGAUUUCUACAAUGACAAAGAAAUGUUAAGAACAAAACUCUUUGAUGGUUACAAUAAGUUCAGAGAAAGCAGGAAAGAUAAACUUGAUGAUAGGUGAAGAAAUUAAACAUUCAUAAGACUGUUGAUCUUGUAAAAGUACAAAAUUUAGUUUGUUCAAAUGGGUUAUUUUCUCUGAGAAUGAUGGCUGGAUGGCUACAUUUUGGUAAAUGAACAAACUUAUAAGGAGACAGAAAUAAACAUGGAGGUUUUUCUAGCAGUGGGUAAAAUUUUUGCCAAUGAAAGGAGUACUGAAGUCAGACACAUUAACUCCCCUUUGUGAGUUUUAUAAUCACUGGUGUUGAGAUAUGUUUCUUAUGCCACCUGCAAAUAAAGCCUUAAAGUUUGCGGUAGCAAGCCCUAACCUCAGUGGGUCACAGGAAGCCAUGCUUAUUAAAAAAACCCACAGGUCUUGUUUAUUGGACCUCGCUAAUUUUGAUAUAGAGCUUGUUCACUCCUAGCUAGUCAUAAUUAAGAAAUUCUAAAUUUUGAUAACGUUGCUGCUGUUUUAAAGAAGUGAUUGUGACAGAGUAAAUUUACUGUUAGUUUUUGUCAUGAUAAAGUUUGGUUUAAGGUAUGUUGUGAAAAAUUUCUGAUUUAAGCCAAAUUUGUACAACUUGAUUAUCCAUCUUAGCCUAUAGCCUCAGAACUAUUUUGACAGCAUGAAGCAGAACCUGAAAGAACAGAGCAAAUACUCUAAUCUCUGAUCAGUUUCUUAAAAUAGAAUGCUUAAUUUGCUAGUCAGUCACUGUGACUGAGCCACCAAGUUCUUGAGACUCUAUGGGAAGUAAGUAUUUACUUGAAAUACUUGAAAGUAGGCCUUAGGAUAUAUCAACAAACUCUGUUACAACUUGAUCUUUUCAUUUGAGGAAAAAUUUUAGUUGUUCUACCUAUUAAAAUGAUUGUAGGAAGAAAAAUUUAAUUUGGGAAAGAUUUGGAAUAUAUUAUAUUUCAUUACAUGUAAGAUGUCAUCAAUUGUCAGAUACCCUUAACUUAUGUACCUCUAAGAAACAAAUACACCGCAAAUGCUAUUAAUUCUGAUACCUCUCCAAAGCAGUCAUGUUAAUAAAUGCAUCUUUGAUUUAGUGAAAUAUGAAAAUUCAUUAUUUCCUUUUUAGCAGUAGAUGUUUUCUGCCUACCAAAUUUCACAAUUUCAAAAAAGCAAAAUAAACAGUUUGAAUAUUUUUCUCCAGUUUCUGGAGAACAUUGUUUUCCACCUGAGUCAUGUGAGUCAGACACUUUAUCUUCAGUCUGGUACUUGCCACUCAAGCUCUCUAGUGACCUGGGAAGGUAACACUGAAUGACAUCUUGAUGACCUCAGCACCGGACACUUCCAGGAAAGGUUUUGAUUUUCAUCACAAGGUAGUUGUUUAUAUUGCAUGUAUAAAGAUUACACAAAGAUUGAGUUUUUGUGUAUAAUUGUCCCUUAAAAUCAGUAUCAGUAUGUGACUUAGGACCUCACCAUGCAGAAACCCUAAAUGCCUACAAGUGAAAAGAACAAAAGAUUGCCAGUUCUAGGUAUUCAGACGAGUACUAAGAUGAAUGAAAUCAAAAGCCAUGCACAAAACUACCUCCCCAGAGAAAGGCUAGUCCCUUUUCCUCCCCAUCUAUUUCAUUAUGAACAUAGUAGAAAAAAGUGAAUUCUUAUCAAACUUGAUGAAAAGUGCUAACACGUUUGAAUUGAAAUAUGAUUUCUCCUGUGAACUGUACCGCAUGUCCACUUACUCAACUUUCCCUGCUGGCGUUCCUGUCUCAGAAAGGAGUCUUGCUCGUGCGGGUUUUUAUUACACUGGAGUGAAUGACAAGGUCAAAUGCUUCUGUUGUGGCCUGAUGCUGGAUAACUGGAAACAAGGAGACAGUCCUAUUGAAAAGCAUAAAAAGUUGUAUCCUAGCUGUAGCUUCGUUCAGAAUCUGAAUUCAGCUCACAUGUUGGGAGCCAUCUCUCAGCCUACUUCUCAUUCUUCAAUAAUACAUUCUACACAUUCAUUACUUCCAAGUUUGCAAAACACUGGAUAUUUCAGCGGUUCUUUUUCAAGCUUUCCAUCCAAUUCUAUAACCCCCGGAUCAAAUCAAGAUUUUUCCAACUUGAGGACAAAUCCCCACCAUUAUGUAAUGAAUACUGAAAAAGCCAGGUUGCUUACUUUUCAGAUGUGGCCCUUGGCUUUUCUGUCACCCGCAGAUCUAGCAAAAGCAGGAUUUUAUUACAUCGGCCCUGGGGACAGAGUGGCCUGCUUUGCCUGCGGUGGAAAGUUGAGCAAUUGGGAACCGAAGGAUGAUGCCAAGUCAGAACACCUGAGACAUUUCCCCAACUGCCCGUUUGUGGAAAAUCAGUUUCAAGACACUUCAUCGUACAUUGUUUCUAACCUGAGCAUGCAGACACAGGCGGCCCGCAUGAAAACAUUCUGUAACUGGCCCUCUGAUGCUCCAGUUCACCCUGAGCAGCUUGCAAGUGCCGGUUUUUAUUAUACAGGUAACAGUGAUGAUGUCAAGUGCUUUUGCUGUGAUGGUGGACUGAGGUGUUGGGAAUCUGGAGAUGACCCAUGGGUACAACAUGCCAAAUGGUUUCCAAGUUGUGAGUACUUGAUACAAGUUAAAGGACGGGAGUUCACCAGUCGGGUUCAGGCCAACUACCCUCAUAUCCUUGAACAGCUAUUAUCUACUUCAGAAAACCCAGAGGAUGAAAACGCAGAGUCACCAAUUAUCCAUUUUGGACCUGGUGAGAACCACACAGAAGAUGCAGUCAUGAUGAACACACCCGUGGUUAAAGCUGCCCUGGAAAUGGGCUUCAGCAGAAGACUGGUCAAACUGACAGUUCAGAGUAAAAUCCUGACAGCUGGAGAGAAUUACAAAACUGUCAGUGAUCUUGUAGUAGAUUUACUUGAUGCAGAAGAUGAGAUAAGGGAAGAGGAGAAAGAAAGAGCAACUGAAGAAAAAGAAUCAGAUGAUCUAUUGUUAAUCCGGAAGAACAGAAUGGCACUUUUUCAACAUUUGACAUGUGUGCUUCCAAUCCUGGAUAGUCUACUAACUGCCAGGGUGAUUAGUGAACAAGAACAUGAUGUUAUUAGACAGAAAACACAGAUAUCUUUACAAGCAAGAGAAGUGAUUGAUACUAUUUUAGUCAAAGGAAAUUUUGCAGCCGCCAUGUUCAAAAGUGCUCUGCAAGAAAUUGACCCCGUGUUAUACAAGCAUUUAUUUGUUGAACAGGACAUAAAGUAUAUUCCCACAGAGGAUGUUUCAGAUUUAUCAAUGGAAGAACAAUUGAGGCGACUACAAGAAGAAAGAACAUGUAAAGUGUGUAUGGACAAAGAAGUGUCCAUAGUGUUCAUUCCUUGUGGUCAUCUGGUAGUCUGCAAGGAUUGUGCCCCUUCUCUAAGAAAAUGUCCUAUUUGUAGAGGAACAAUCAAGGGUACAGUUCGUACAUUUCUUUCAUGAAGAAGAGCUAAAAGUUGUUCUGAACUUUAAAAUUAAUGGAUUGAAUGUAAUUUAAAUUUUUAUACUGAUUUGGUUUCUUUAAGAUUUUUAAUUUAUUCGUAAUUCUGAAAAUUUUAUUUUAUGUAAAUAUAUUUAUAUAUGUAACUAAAACAUGAAAAAAUAUAAAUACCAAGAGAAUAAUACAUACGCUUUUGUUCUUGUGAACAAAACAUAGGGGUAGCACUACAAGCACAAUACUAAAUCAAAAUUUCCACACUAUUGAAAUUGUAAAUAAAAUUUAAGUUUUUGAGUUAACCUUUCAGAAUUUUCCCUAUUUUUUGAGUUAUAUUAAGAACCUAGAACCUUAUAAUAGUAGGUCUGGAUAUUUUUGAGUGACCUUUUAGGGACAUAGUGUUUUUGUGGAGACUUCUAUGGUGCACUUUUUAAUAAAGCAAUUUAUAUCACUUUUGUUCUUAAUAUGUUUAUUUCUAUACUAUCAAAUAGUUCAGUCAGUAUCAGUUUCCUUUCAUACCUCCUUAAGACGUCAACAUUGAACUAGGGGUUUGAUACCUUUCUAUAAACUGCUUCUUCGUUUACAGCUGUCAACUCACCUGGCUUUAAUCCGUAGGAUUAGAUGGGACAUUUGAGAUGAAGUUACAAUCUUUUCAGUAAGUUUGUCCUUUUGUUCAGGGGGUUCAUGUCGGUCCUCCCCAUUGGGAAAAACCCCUAGUGUAGUCUCACCACUUUGGUGUUACUGCUGGGACUUAGCAGCCCUGGCAACCAAUAGCUUUUUUGGUAAAUAAAUCUGUACUGUCAGUGCAGCAAAAUUUCCUCCUGCACUACAUUCUGAUACUCAACAUGUCCGAUUCAUAAUUCUUUAGCCUUUUUUAUUUCCUUUAGUCUUGUUAGAGCUUUAAGAUCAGAAGUACACAUGUAAUGGAAGCUAUUUUGGGAGAACAGGCAAAGAUCAAGCAUCUAAACUAGCUCUAAAUGUUGCCUACCGUUCUGCAGAGAAAGAUUAGGAGCCACAAAAGGGAGAGAGAAUGCAAAUAUCCUUUCUGAUGCUGGAAGGCUAUUUCUUUGGGAUGCAACUGAUUUUCUCUCUGUUAAAAGGUUCAGGUGUGGAGCAAUUUGCUAGCCAUUGUCUUCCUGGGAUGGGAGGCGGACUUAAAUGUAAUAUUGUUUAGGUGUUUGCAACCAGCUAUAGGAGACAUAAAUAGUAUGUACCCUUUUGGCAGCAUCUAUUUUUGGAUCUGUUUUUUAUUGCAUACUGUAUGUAGUAUUUGAACUUUGCCAUCUCCACUAUGAAAUUCCUCUUCAUUUUGGUUAUAGCUAAUA